AGGGUACGGCCACCAGUAGUCAGCCCCGCACCAGUGGUCAGCCUUUUCCGGCUAAUAUCCUAUAAGAAUAGCGUUCUAUUGCAAAUAAUCCAAUCAGGUCACUUUUGAAAAAGGCUUUGGCUUCUUAUUGGUCAGUUCGGAAGAUCAGAAUGACGCCACGCGGUUGCAAGAAAUAGUAUUCGGGUUCCAUUUCAACGUUGUCACUUGGCGAGUGAAGAGGCGGCGUGCGCGCUAAAAUUUUCUUAGUGGGAGGUGUCCGUGAAGAAGUUCCAUAUGUCUCUUUCGAGACCCAUAUUACAAUACCCCGAAGAGAAACUUACUCAAGCUUUAGAAGCUAUUAGAAAUGGCAUGUCUAUUAGAGAAGCUAGUAGAAACUAUGGGGUUCCUCGAGGCACAAUUCAAGAUAGACUUCAUCUACGAGUUCCUGAAGGGCCUAGAAAAAUGGGUCCAGACUCCGUCCUUAACAAAUUAGAAGAAGCAGAAAUUGCAACGUGGUUGAAAGAGAUUGCAACUUGUGGUUUCGGAAUGAAACCUGACAACCUACUUAAUACUGUCCAGGAUAUGAUGAUAGAAGACGGCAGGCCUAACCCGUUUGUAAAUGGAAGACCAGGCAAGAAGUGGAUGAAUUCUUUUUUCAGACGUAACAAUAUGUUUUCAAUGAGAACACCUGAAGCUAUUUCAAAGGGAAGGGCAGUAAUAACUGAAGAGAGUAUAAGAAAGUGGUUUGAGAAACUCACAGAUUAUCUAAGGGAAAAUCAAGCACUCGACGUGUUAGAGGACUCAAAAAGAAUUUUAAACGGUGACGAAACAAGCUUCAUGCUAUGCCCAAAAACUGGAAAAGUGAUAGCGCCCAGAGGAUAUAAAAAUGUAUACCAAAUAGUAAAGGGCAAAGAAAAGGAAGCAGUCACGGUUUUAGCUUUUUUUUCCGCUAUGGGCGAUAUUUUACCUCCCUGUGUAGUUUUUCCGUACAUCAGACCCCCCAAAGAUGUUAUAAAUAGUAUGCCUGAUGGUUGGUUUCUCGGCAAAUCUGACACUGGUUGGAUGAAGGCAGACAUUUUCUUCGAUUAUAUUUCUAAAUGUCUAUCCAAGUGGAUAGAUGAAAACAAAAUGAAAAAACCAGUGCUGGUUUUUGUCGACGGUCACAAAACUCACAUGACAAUGAAGCUGAGUAAAUACUGUCAUGAAAAUAACAUCAUUUUGUACGCACUACCACCUAAUACAACACAUAUGAUGCAACCAGCAGAUGUUAGCGUUUUUAAACCACUGAAAUCUGAAUGGGCAAAAACGGUUCAUGAGUGGUGUUCACAGCCACAAAACGCUAACACUGUGUUGACAAAAUCUUCAUUCUGUCCAUUAUUGGAAAAAGUAUUAAGCAAAGAAUCUCUGAAUCAAGCCAUCAAAAAUGGAUUCCGUAAGUGUGGCCUUUUUCCAUUCGAUCCAAAUGCAGUCGACUACUCAAAAUGCGUGCAAAAUAUUUUAGAGAAAAUUCAUGCACCUGCCAGAAAGACAACUUCACCAAGGCAGUUCAAAAAAAGAGAUUUCGACAUAGCAUCAAAAAUUAUAAAGCAUUUGGGAAAUGAUUUGACUGCAAGAGGAGUUGAUGUGAAUAUUGUACUCGAAAUCGUUGAAAAUGCGAAACAGGUUGAAGCAUUAAAUAAUUCAGUAAGUAGUAAUACUACAGAGAGAACAGUUGGAGAUAAUGAACAAAGCGUAAUAUUUGAGGAAAGAACAGAACCUGGAUUGACAGUAACGAAUGCCAGACCUAUUAUCAAUGAAACUGAAAUAAAUGGAGCCAAAGAAGAAUUACACGUUAUAAACACUGAAGAAGAAAAUAAAAACAAAAAAAAGACUGAAAUAAAAAGUGAUAUAACUAGGAUAUAUAAUAAAGAAGUAGAUAAACGUAGAAUAAGUACAUCACCGUCCGAAGUACUAGAUACUAAUAGUUUAAAUAAUAUGACACUUGGCGAUCUUACUUUUAUCAACAAUAAUUUACUGGACGAUGCUAUUCAUGUAAGCACAUUUGAGGUCAAUGAUAAUACAAUAUUAGUACCCAUUGGAGACAACUCUCCGAUGUCAAGAAGUGAACCGACGUAUUACCAAAAACCUAAGACUGAUUCUGUGAUACUCAUUCGAUCACCGAAAGUAUCACCUUUUGUUCGAAAGCAUCUUAUUAUUCCAUCACCUAUAAAGAAAACCGCAUCUCCUAGAGUAAUGAACAGAAUUGGAGCAAUAUCGUCUGAAGAAUGGAGGCAAUUUGAAAUUAUGAAAGAGGAUGAGAAACAAAAAAAGAAACAUGCCAUUGAAGAAAGAAAGUUACAGAGAAAGAAAAAUAAAGAAGAAAAGCAAAAGCAGAAAAAUGAAACCAAGAAAAAUAAAGCUGUGAAUUCUAUCAAACGUAAAGUAAAAGGACUUAAUACAAAAAAGAAAAUUGAUGACUCUGAUCCAGAAUUCAUAAUGAAAAGUAUUAAAAAAAGAAAAUUAAAUGAUAUGAAAGAAAGAAAAGGAGAAGAAGCAGAGCAGACUAACUGUGAUCCAGAGAAAGCUAAACCAAAUAAGAUUAAAAUCCUCAGUGAUAUAGACAUAACACCUGGAACUUCUGUGAAAGAAACUAAUAAAGAAAAUAUAGUUCUGAAAAAAAUGGUUAAUCGUAGAGAAACCUUUAGAAAUGAAGAAGAACUUCAGAAUUUUUUAAAUAGUGAUUUUAAUGAUGAAUAAGUUGAUAAUGUUUCUUGUGAUAUUAGAGUACCUACUAAGGUCUUAUUAUUUAAUUAAUUUGAUUAAGUUCCUACAUAAUUAAGCUUAAAACAAUCGAUCUCAGGAGAGGCUGAGUACUGGUAGCUACAUGGCCGAGUGCUGGCUUGUGCCGGCUGAGUACUGGGGAAAAGUGCCUUAUUUUGAUAAAUAUUUUAUUUUCCAUACUUAUUAAGCAAAAUUAAGUUAUUUGUUAAUUGCUUAUCAAAGUUUAAUAAAUGAUUAAGUAUAUAAGUACAAAAGGUUUUUUAUUACUAUUUUCAAUAAUUUUCUAUACAUAUUUAAAUUUACACUUUUCGCUAAAAGGCUGACUACUGGUACCCGU